CGAUCUCCGUACCACAAAGCUGACGCGUGUUCUCCCUUUAACAACGCGGUUUCUCUUUCCCUUCACCGCCCUAUUUGAUGUUCUCCUUGUCUCCUUUCUCAUCCCCUCUCAUCAACCCUGUCUUCCGAGUCAACCUUCUGUUUCAAAAUGCUUUGAGAUCUCUCUCUCUAGUUAUUUGCUUCAAAUUUUCAAUACAUCUGCACUAAUCAUGGCAUCAUCCGAUAAUUUGGCCUUCCUCUUUAGACCCACUUUCACUGACUCAUGGAUUUCUGAAGCUUAUGCUCGGGAUACCCAAACUCUAACUAAAGCCUUCCAGCAAUCCCUUUCCAAUAAUAUUUUCUCUACUUCUUCCUUCUCCAUCUCUCAAACCCUUUCUUCCGAUUCCUUUUUCAACCUCCUUUCCAGCUCCCAAACACCACCGUCCGCGACUCCUAGCGCCUCUAACGUUUCAGGCUCUGACGCAGAAACACCGGCUCCCAAGCGUCAGCGGAACGGGAUCGGAAUCCCAUCUGCUACUUCAAAAGUUUCGAAACGCAAGUCUCGUUCGUCUAAACGCUCUCAGACUACGUUCAUAACAGCGGAUCCGGCCAACUUUAGGCAGAUGGUGCAACAGGUUACCGGUGUUAGAUUCAGUAACGCCCAGUUAUCUGCCGUUCCAGUACUGAAGCCGGAGCCACAGAGACCCGGUAACCGGUCGCUUGAGGCGGGCGGGUGUUUGCCUACCCUAGAUACGUCGGCGUUUCUAUUGGAUCACCAUCAUCAACAGCAGCAACAAAUGGAUGUGGUUUCUGGGCCUAUUAAUGGGUCGGAGACGGUUGCUUUCCCAGAAAGCGUGGUCAGUGGGCCUGGGUUAGACUUUGAUGCAUAUUGUAGCUUUCCUACAUUAGAGUCGUGGAAUUAGCAGUUUUCCCUUUAGGCCUGUAGAAGGAUUGUAUAUUUUAGGUGCUUAGCUGGGGUGUUGCCUUUUGCUUGGUUUAGUUGUUUUCUUGACCGUGAAGUGUUUGCAUAAUUUAUUUACUUUUAUUCUGCA